GCUGUAGAAACUUUUGUCAAGACUUGAGGAGGUCCUGGAGGAGGAAACUGUCCUUUUGAAAUCUGAAUCCAUCGAACCAAUUAAAAAUUUUUUUCCUUUCAACUUCCUUUUUUUACUUUUGAUUUCUUGAAAUUGAGAGCGAAUCGAAAGGUAUUUCAAUGCCGCAGAAGAAGAAUUUCAGGAAAAGGAGCUUCCAGGAAGAGGAAGGAGACCAAAAGAACGUUUCCGAGGACGAAGAGGAAAGGAGAUUAGCGCUAGAGGAAGUGAAAUUCCUGCAGAAGCAGAGGGAGAGGAAGUCGGGAAUCCCUGCCAUUCCGACGGUGCAAGCCGGAGGCGCGGUUGAUAAAGUGAGUGAUAAUAAGGUCGAAGCCGAUGGAGACAAAGAGGAGCUUGUUCUUCAGGAUACCUUUGCUCAGGAAACCGCAGUCUUGGUUGAGGAUCCAAACAUGGUAAAGUUUGUUGAGCAAGAACUGGCAAAGAAGAGGGGUAGAAAUAUUGAUGCAAAAAAUGAAGUUGAGAAUGAUGUAAAUCGCACUGAAGAUGAAUUAUACAAAAUUCCUGAGCAUCUUAAGGUGAAAAAACGGAAUUCAGAAGAAAGCUCUACUCAGUGGACAACUGGGAUUGCUGAGGUUCAGCUCCCUAUUGAAUACAAGUUAAGAAAUAUUGAGGAAACAGAGGCUGCCAAAAAGCUUCUACAGGAGAAACGGCUCAUGGGCCGGACGAAAUCAGAAGUUAGCAUUCCGUCAAGUUACAGUGCAGAUUAUUUCCAGCGUGGAAGAGAUUAUGCUGAAAAACUCAGAAGAGAACAUCCUGAGCUGUACAAGGACAGAAGUUCACAGGCUGAUAAUGCUAGGUCCAGGCCAACUGAUACAGGCUCAGAUGCAGCAGGAAACAGGCAAGCUGCUACAGAUGAAUUCAUGCUAGAGCGGUUCCGAAAACGAGAACGCCAGCGGGUAAUGCGGAGAUAGCCCUUAUUUAUGCAAGUUUGAAUUCUGGUUCAUGUCUAUGGCAUUUGCAACAAAAAGGGCAAAUGCUAUAUAAACCUUUGUUGUGAUUUAUAACUUCCAUGUAAUAUUCUACAUAAUUUGUGAGCGGAUUUCAUUUGAUUG